AUGCCCACCAGAUUCUCGAAAACCCGCAAGCACCGCGGCCACGUGUCCGCAGGAAAGGGUCGUGUUGGCAAGCACAGGAAGCAUCCAGGUGGUCGUGGUCUGGCCGGUGGUCAACACCACCACCGUACCAAUCUCGACAAGUACCAUCCCGGUUACUUCGGUAAGGUCGGUAUGCGGUACUUCCACAAGCAGCAGAACCACUUCUGGAAGCCCAUCGUGAACGUCGAUAAGCUCUGGUCGCUCGUCCCCGCCGAGGUUCGCGACGCCUACGUCUCUGGCGAGAAGAAGGACACCGUCCCCGUCCUCGACCUCCUCCCUCUCGGCUACUCCAAGGUGCUGGGCAAGGGCCGCCUGCCUGAGGUUCCCCUCGUCGUGCGCGCAAGAUGGGUCAGCAAGCUGGCGGAGAAGAAGAUCACGGAGGCCGGUGGCGUCGUCCAGCUGGUUGCAUGA